AGGCAAUACCAAACCAGAUCGAGGAACUGAUAUAUAUUUAUAUAUAUAGAUAUAUAUAGCGCGCUACAUAUAUAUAUAUAUACAUAAAGAGAGAGAGAGAGUCGUUUCGUAAUGGUUGGGUCAGGAAAAUUAGCUCCAUAUCCCACUAAAAUAGCAAGAAAAUCAGGUGUGGUUGUUGAGAUGAACAACUCUCUAUCUCUCUCUCUUUCUAUAAAAUAGGAUCGUUUUCAACGAAUCAGCGCCCGCCAGAAUAUAAUUUCUCACUGGUUCGUCGAUCUCUCUGGCGGCUCCGAUUUCAUUUAUGAGAACCUUGUAUUUCUUUGAGCUAGAUCUUCAGAUUUAAGCAGUGUGUAUGUAAAUUCGACUGCCCUGAUAGCGUGCGUUUUCCACAUGUGCUUGCGAAUUUAUUUGCUUUGAAGUCUCCAGAAAUUUAUGCAAAUUUAGUGUUCGGGUGAAUGGCUGAUAGAACAAUGGUGUCUCCCAAUAAUGCUCAGGAGCCACACUUUCCGCCUCUUCUAGCCAGACAAUGCUCUCUGUAUAAUCUCACCUUCAAUGAGGUUCAGAGACAGCUCGGAAACAUAGGAAAACCUUUGAGUCGUAUGAAUUUGGAUGAGUUAUUAAGGAAUGUGAUAUUGGUUGAAGAGGGCAGGCUCGUGCAACAAAAUUCUUCUAAUUCUUCCUCGUCAUCUGCUUCAUUCUUUCUUGGGAAUCUUAAUUUGAAUGGAACUUUGAGUAGGAAGACUGUCGACGAGGUAUGGAAGGAAAUUGUUCACCGGCAGCAUGUGAAUGAGGUGGCCAACCAGUCGGUACAGCAACAACUAACACUUGGAGAAACAACACUCGAGGAGUUUCUAGUUCGUGCUGGGGUCAUUAAUCCUCAGCCAAUAAUGGCAAUUGAUCCGAUGGUAAUGCUGUCUCCACAGACGGAUUGGUUGCCAUUUCAAAUGGCGUCUGUCCAACAGCAGGAGCUGCAGAUGACAGUGCUGGAUUCAAAUUUCAAUGUUUCUGAAUCGGUUUAUGAGAACCCGAUUGUGGAUGUGGGUUUCUCGGAGAACCAACUGGCCAUGCCAGCACCAAUGCCAGCAAUAUCAUCGACAUGUUCAGAUUCUCAUCUAGCUACCCAAAGGAAGCUCAGAUGUUCAGAUUUAAUGGAGAAGACUAUUGAGAGGAGACAGAAGAGGAUGAUCAAGAACCGGGAGUCGGCUGCUAGGUCAAGGGCAAGGAAGCAGGCUUACACCCAACAGUUGCUGCAAGAUGUGUCUGACCUAACGGAAACAAACAGCUUGCUCAAAAGGCAAAAGAUUCAACGGCAGCCUUUGAUAUGAUGUGUGUGGGAACGUGUGUGCGCUUGUGUUUGUGUCUAUACAGAUGUGCAUACAUGUGUUAAUGAUCUAGGGAGUAGAGGGACAAAUGCACUCAUUCGUUGAUCAACCGAUCUCUAUUAUGCUUGAAGAUGGGAUAGAGAUGCAUUCCUUGACGUUUAGCGCAGAGAAAUCUGUUAUAACAACAGUAAAAGUCUUAUGCUGUUCUGUUUGCUUCAGUUCAUUGUGAUGUAAACCUAUGGGUUUGGAUGCCUUAUGUGAGGACCCAAUGAAAGCACGAGCUACAUCUGGCCUUAUACUCUAAAAGGAUUAGUCAAUAUUACAAUUAGAGCAUAUUGAAAUCA